CACACACGUGUCCUGCCGGGCAAAUCUUCAUCAGACAGGCAGGCAGGCAGACAGGGAGGGAGCACAGCAGCCUGAUGUGGACUGCCUGGUGUGAACAGCUUGAUGAGACCUGAUCAAUCCUGAUAUUCGCUUACACACAUGGGCAUGACUCUACCCAGCAGCUUCCACUAGAGACGUCUUUGUGUCAAUACGACUGACUGUAAAGCAAUUCACGACUGUACAGCCAGCAGGAGUCCAUCGCCAUACACAGACAGACACACUGCGCCGCCAAGAAAGCGGCUUAAAUGCAGCCAUCCAUCCAUCAAUCCAGCUGUCCAUCCCUGAGCCACAGCACCCGACCCGAUCAUCCCUCCCCUCCGUCAGUCGUCCUGAUAGGAAGCUGCCCGCAGUCCUGGAUGACCACGGGUGCGGCGAGAACCCGCAGUUCACUCAGCGGCCCAUACGCCAUCUCCCUCAGAGUGAGCGGCACAGGGGGUGUGGGCUGAGAGUGUCGGUCGUCGGUCAUGAGGGAGAUGGCCUCCAGGUAGCUGACCUCCAGCAUUUCAGGGAUGAACCCAACCACCGUGUCGAAUUGCUGCGCCGUGGUGGUCGAGGAUACGGUUAUCAUGAACCGACCACCUGAAUGAAUCAAUCAAACACAACACUCACACACAAAACUCACAUACAGUCUGCAUUCUGACCGUGUUCUCGAUAGCUCUGAAUGCCUUUUUUCGUGCUGGCCCCCUCCCCGGUGAGCAGCACCAUGCCCGGCCGGCGGGCGGCGAUGAGGGAGCGAUGGUGGUCCCACUUGCUGUGGUUGGGGCCGUGGAUGCUGUCGCUCAUGGCCGUCAGCCUGUCGCCCUCGCGAUGGUAGCCGCCAAACACGUCGACGCCUCUGAUUGAGUAGGGGAUGAAGGCACCUGAUGGAUGGAUGGAGCACGAAGAGAGAUGAGUCUUUUUGCAGUUACUACAGUUAGUCACCUUUGUAGUGCAGCGGGUAUCCCGACGCGCCGACGCCCUUAUCCCCGGUGCAGUAGCACCUGAAGGAAAUGAAGCCCAGCAACCGAUCCACUCAUCCGUCCAUCGAUGCAUGGAUGGCACACACGGCAUAGUGCCACCUGAAGUUCUCGGCCGCCUUGGGGUUGACUUCGGUGAGGAGAUGGAUGACGAUGCGCCUCACCAUCGGGGGCGACCGGCUCUUCGGUAUGCGGAUGAAAAGGUCAAAGAAGACCCUCGGAUGCUGAACAACGAAACGAAUAAUAGGGCACACGAAGGCGACUCUCCCUCCCUCCCUCCCUCUCUCCGUGUGUAUGAGUUGUUGGGGUAUGUUUUUGAGUCUGUGGGGUUCUUGCCUUUGGUUUGGGGCUGUUGUCGACCUUUUGGGCACAUUCGAAGCCCUCCUUCAGGUGCUCUAUUAGCUUGGCGCACUCUUCCUUCAACUGAUCACACAACAUCCGCACACACGUGCUGGCUGCCGAUGGGCGUCACUCUCCCAUUCGGCUCACCACUUUCUCUGGGCUCUGCUUGACUUUGAAGCAGAUGGUUUUCCAGAGGUCGGUGGUCUCCUGACGUUACACGACACACGCAGACAGAGAUCAAAGGCCACUUGACUUGUUGACAUGGGUGCAUUUCUGCCGGCUGACCUUCAGCAGCUUGCCCCAGUGGGUGUAGUCGACGUGCAUCGCCAAGUGCAUGUCGAGCUGAUACACCGCAGCCAAGAGAUUGGUAGUGUCCUGCAAAACCGCACACACCACACACACACGCCAGACAUCAAUCCAAUCGCUCAGCCAGCCAACGCACCGAUCGAUACCCUGCCCACAUUGAUGGCGAGUGCGCUCUUUAUGGAUCUCUCGAGCUCCCUCAGCCGCUUGACAGUCUCGCUAAGGUCGUUGGCCUGGCGCAUCUCCUCGGCCAGCCGAUCGAGCACUGCCUGCUCCUCCCUCAGGACCUCUGAAUCGUCGACAGACGGCAGACACGCAUCACCUGACGAGACAGAAGCCAACACACGCAGACAGACAGGCGUGUCGCCUUUCGGAACUGCAGCAGAGAUCAUGUGAGCGUACUCAGUGCUUUGUUAGUGGCGUUAAGCAUGUCAUCGAUGGGUUUGGGCUCGGCCGUUUUGAGCCUGUCGACGCUGCGCAUGAUCUCAGCCACGAUGUCCCUCUGCAGUCGGCUCAGCUGCUGCUCCACCAGCACACUCUUGUCGAUGGCCUUGCCCUUGCUCUGCACAGCACAUCCAUGCGACACGUCACCAUACCAGGCUCGCUCCUCUCCUUGGUGCUUUACUGACCUUUAGUUUGGCCAUGUCCUGGUCGGCCUUCGCGUCAAGGGCCGUCGCGAGGAAUGAUGAUUUGCCUCUCAGAGCCCGCCGCACCAACUCGAGCACCCAGGACUCAUCAGGCGAGGGCACCAGGUGGCCGCCCGUCGCAUGACGCACAAAGCGGGGCCACCGCGCCUCCGGCAGCACUACCAGAAAGUCGUGUAGCCAAUCCAAAAGGUCGCCUUGCGCCGAUAGCGCCAUCCCGCUGAGUGUCUUGGUCGCAACGGUGCGCAGGGCGGACAGGAGCGUGAAAAUGGCCGUGGGAAUGACGGGCACGCCUUCGGGCAGAACGUAGAGCUGCGCAUCGGACGAGGAGUAUCCGAACGUCACGAAGCGCACGGCCGAGAUCCCCUGCCGCUGCAGCUCGCGGAUGGUGGCACUGGCGACAGGAAAGACGACGCGGUGGACUUCGUCGAAGGACGGCUGGGGCGAUAAACCAGAGGGCAGGAAGCUGAGGCCCGAACACUCUGAGGGCCCACUGUCUCCUCCAAAUGUCGCAUGGACCGCAACGACAGAAACGUCAGCGCCAAAAAGCCGGCAUAUGGGAUCAAUCGCGAUGAAGAGGUCCACUUCGCCUGGCUGAGGUCCACCGAUCUCGCCACUCAUAUUAGCUUCAGCUUCAGCAGAUGCCGACUGGGUGGUCGCCACGCCAGCCAGGCACUUGCUGAUGGCCACCCUCUCCCGCUCCAGCUGACACGUGUGGAAGUCCGCCAUGUCCAUAAAGCCGAUAAACAGCCGGGCGGCGUUGGUGUUGGCGAAGGCCGGCCUCACUAUGGCGCGGAAGAGCUCACAAGGCUCCCGAUGAGUCUCUUCGUCCUCCCGAAGGCAUCUCGUCGAGCAGUAGAGCAUCUCGCCGCAGACUUGGCAUGCGACUCGCCGGCCGAGAGAGCCGCACCUGAGGCACUUGAGAGCAGCGGCGGCAUGAGUCAUUGGCGCGUCCGACAUCGGUGAGAAGGCGGCGUCGCGACAAAUGUCAAGAUAGAGCGCUCAUCGAGGGUAGAAAGGCAUAGAUCUGCAGCGAGUGUAGACUUCGCAAGCGCUCGGUGUUCCGCUCUGGCCGUCGGCCCUGACGAG